AUGUCAGGAAAUACAGAUAGCGGCUAUUCGUCUUCCUCGGAAGACUUCACCAAGCUCGAAGAGGCCCCAAAGUACAGGGAGACGCCGGACCUUUUAAAUUUCGGAUCGAGCGAAACCAGCGACAAGACAAAAAGAGCCAAUCCUUUGUUGAGAAGGCGCUCCACAAAUUAUUCAGAUGCUCUGGAAAUAGAACGUCGCCUACCGGCGGCUGUCGCAAAUGACCUAAGUAUCAUUGAAGGCCGUGGCACAAAACCCAUGAAUGAGCAAUUCUUCAAGCGUGAUUUACAGGAGAAAUCCGAGAACCUGCGGGACGGGGAUGCCUUUUAUCGAUAUGAUUGUGCUCAAGCAGGUCCAAAGUUUGUUUCUGCGCAAGAUUCUAGUAGAGAUUUAGAUUUAAUGUCACAGUCUCAGUCACAACCUCGAUCUCAGCCUCGAUCGCAGAGACCUGUGAACACCAAUGGCAUAACCUUCUGCGGCGAAGGCAACAAAAGUGAUGUCGUUGAUCAAAGCAGCUCCCAAAGGCCUUCUUUAUAUCAGCGGUCAUCCUCAAAGUUUGAGGACUACAAAAAAGAUAUUUACGACAGACUACACUUGUUUAACGAAUGA